UCGUGAUUAGUUUUUCAAAGAAAAUUCUGAAUUUCCCAAUACUUCGGUCAGCACUUGAAUGCACCACAGAGGAUAGCAGCACAAGCUGCAAGCGUCAACUGUCUCUGCUAGAGUUGUGAAGAAGAGUACCAGUCAAAGACAUGCAAGCAGCGAGCUGAACUCCUGUGACGAUUUGGUUGAUGCUGAAAGGAUUUUAAAAGAAGACUGCUGGCCAGAGUUGAUGCACACAUGUGGCCCUGUAAGCUGUGACUGUGACCAUACUAUUAAGGAAAUUCCUCCGAACUCCAGGGUCGCCUCGGCUUUACUUUUGUGUUAAAACUGCAGACACAUUAACAUCAAAUCAGAAGUCUACAGGGAGAUGGCCACUGAGGAAAACCCAACUAAAGUUGGCUCUGCGGAAGCAUUCCACCAUGUUUCACCUCUAUCCACUGGGACCAGACCCAGCAAAGAGGACAAAUGUGCAACUAAUCUACCGGAAGCAAGGCGGAGCUCUGACCAGCGGUGCCUCUCAAAGCAGCAGAGCUGUCCUUCACUUCUCCUCUACAGGAAGCCGUCAUGUGACGAUGUAAAAGGGACUUUUUUGGACAAACAUUGUGAAGAGUAUAAGUACUCAAAAGUCAUCAGUCCUGAAGAAAAAGUGUUCAAGGAAGUUUCAACUGCUAAACUUGUUGAAAGAAAAACUCCGAUAUGUUGGAAUAAUUCAGAAAGAUCUGUGUUCCUGGACAAUGCAGAAGAUAAUUUGAAUGAAGGUGGAAGCAAAUCUAACAGUAGUCCAUGCUCCUGUGGCUUGUCUAGGUUUGAAAGAAAUAUGAAUUCUUGCUUAUGUGACAGCCCUCAGCACAGUCCAAGCCCUGGCUCCAGUCCUGUUCAACAUUGUCACCUACGCCGUGGCAGUGCGCCUGUGUCCAUGCUGGCUUUUCGUAAGGGUGGUCCCUCCAGUGAGCCGAGCUCUUUGGCCUCCUCUCCCCUCAGUUCUCCCCAACUCUGUCUCCGCAAGCAUCACAAGAAUGGCCACAUUUCUCUGUCCCACCUCAAAGAUGGAUAUUCAAGUUUAGAGAGAUUAAAUAGAAGGCCCAGGAUUAAAAAAUGUUCCUUGGAGAAAGCGUUCACUCGAGGUCCGUCUCUGGAAAUGAUACCAACAGCACUGGAAGCAUCCGCAGGAGGGGCCACAAUCUACAACAGUGGGAGCAACAGCAGUGGUGAGGAAGAGGGAGACAUCCUGUCAGAUAGCAGAGAGUUUGACAGUAAAAAACGUUCCACUGCGCUGGUGAGGCGGUACUGCAAAAAUAAUGAGAAGGUGAUCAAGUCAGUGUGUGCAGGAACCAGCGCAAUUGUCAAAGAACUGCCAUCAGGUUGCAUCUCAGAGGACGCCUGUGGAAUUGUUAUUGAGUACACACUCUGGCGUCCUCGCAAAGAAGAUUUGUGGCCAAACUUCAGAUGUGGAGAACAUUUCAGAGUCUGCAGGGAGAUGCUUCGGCCUGUCAGAGUGAGCCCACACCUGGUCACCAGCUGUUUGCAGGACAGAGAAGAAAUCAAUCUAAUUCAUCCUUCCAGAAAGCUUCUGUUGUCUCAGCCUGGAUGUGCCUGUCUCAGGGAGCCUCUAUGUCCACUCCACCUUACCACAGCAGUGGGGCUGGACUUGAAAACCUGCGUUAAUCCCUGGUGUUACCAACUUUUUCAUACGCACAGAUUAUAUCGUGCUUGUGACCAGAAGACGUUGCUGUGUUCCCUGCUCACUGGAGCAUUCCUCGAAGCCACGGUUUCUCUUGGGGCUCGGGCAUCUCUUCCCUUCUCAUUACCCCAGUGCUCGAACGGCCACGCUGUGCUAAAAGAGCGUCAGCUGGCCAACAGUAUGACCAGCAGCAGCUCUCUUCCUCCCAGUGUGAGUGGGAUCAGCAAGGAGCUGGCAGAGCUGCGCCACCUCGUUCAGUUCCCAGAGGAGAUUGCCUGCAUCCUCACAGAGCAGGAGCAGCAGCUCUAUCAACAGGUCUUUCCUUUAGAUUACCUCUGCUUCCUCACUCGAGAUCUUGGCAGUCCUGAGUGUCAGACCAGACGCCACCCAAACCUCAAGGCCUCGCUGUCGGUGCCGGCCAUGCCCACGCAGAAUGCUCAGUGUAGCAAUGCUGUGGAGGACCUAGUGGCGCGGUUCAAUGAGGUGAGUUCAUGGGUGACGUGGCUGGUUCUGACGGCUGGGUCAAUGGAGGAGAAGAGAGAAGUUUUUUCCUAUCUUGUCCACGUCGCCAGAUGCUGUUGGAAUAUGGGAAACUACAAUGGUGUCAUGGAGUUUCUGGCUGGACUAAGAUCCCGUAAAGUGCUGAAGAUGUGGCAGUUUAUGGACCAGACGGACAUCGAGACCAUGAGAAGUUUGAAGGACGCCAUGGCUCAGCAUGAAUCUUCUUCUGAUUACAAGAAAGUUGUGACCCGAGCGCUCAAUAUCCCAGGCUGCAAGGUGGUGCCAUUCUGUGGGGUUUUUCUAAAAGAGCUGAGUGAUGCACUGGACAGCACAGCAAGCAUCAUCAGCCUCAAACAAUCUCCGGAUAACACAGACGACUCAAUAGAGUUUGUGUCCGACUACAGCGGGCAGCACAAUUUUAUGUCUCGGUCUGGGUCUGAUGGGCUGCACGUCCCAGACAAAGAAGCCACAGUCAGCAACAUCCUGCAGAUUAUUAGAUCGUGCAAUCGUAGUUUGGAGUCUGAAGAAUCCGAUGAAACAUCUACCAGUCCCUUGUCAACUGGUCCAUCCCUCACAUACAGAUGCAACUCUUUACGGGACCGCUGCCGCAAUCAAUACACAGUUGGAGACUUGUCGGACUCGGACGGUGACCUGUCCAUUGAACCAAAACUGAAAGAGGUGGAGUUUCAGGGUACCGAGGAGACGCAUAGAGCUUUCAGUCACGGCACGGAGCUUAUUCCCUGGUAUGUAUUGUCAUUACAGCCAGAUGUUCACCAGUUUCUGCUGCAGGGAGCUACAGUCAUUCAUUACGACCAGGACAGCCACCUCACAGCUCGCUGUCUGCUGCGGCUUCAGCCUGACAACACGACGCUCAUCUGGGGUAAGCCUCAAAGCGGAGGAGCCUCCCCCAUGGAACAGCCACCCGGGUUAGGACAGAGCGUAGUGCCUGGGUUAGCCGAAGGCCUCUUGGACAUUGGAGUGGUGAAGGCAGUGUUUUUGGGCCACCAGGGGGUUGAUGUUCACGCUGUGUGUUUGCAAAACAAGCUGAGCCAAAUGACGGUGGAGGAGAAUGGUCUAACUCUGCUCUACGGUCUCAGUACCACUGACAACAGACUACUACACUUUGUGGUGCCCAAACACACCGCGCAAAUGCUCCACAAGGGCCUGUCAGAGCUGGUGAAUGCAACCAGAAAACUAAAGAAGUUCCCAGACCAAAGACUUCAGUGGCUGAGGAGGCAGUAUGUUAGCUUAUAUCAGGAGGAAGGCAGGUACGAAGGUCCCACAUUAGCUCAGGCCAUUGAGCUGUUUGGUGGGAGGAGGUGGAACAUGGGCACAGGUGCUGUAGAGAAACAAAGUAACCAGAAAAACAGCCCUCUGAGCAUCAAUGACAAGUCCAAAAAGAAAAAGAAAGUUCUUGUAAGGGGAGACAGUGGGGAUGCCACCGAUGAUGAGAUGGUUUCCAGGAAGACGCGGAGCUGUAAGGAAGGUUUAUAUCGAAACGGUCCCGAAUCUGACAGCAUCGACCAAGAAGAUCCAGAUGACAGCUUCCCAGGACCAUUCUCCCUCUCAUCCAAUAAGAGCUCUGGGUUGCUAGUCUCUUCCUUGUCAUCGUCUCCUUCCUCCAGCAUGGCCGCGUCCAACCACUCCCGUCCACAAUCAUCUCCAAUCCUGUCAGGGACGUCCAAGUCACAGCCAGGGGCGUGGAGCAGCAGAUCAUGGCACGGCCGAGGUAAAGCCUGCUUCAGGGGCUUCCAGAAUCUCAUGAUUUCUGACAGCACCAUGAGCUUCAUUGAAUUUGUUGAGCUCUUCAAGUCCUUCAGCAUCCGAAGCAGGAAGGACCUGAAAGAACUGUUUGACACCUUUGCUGUGCCCUGCAGUCGCUCAUGUCCAGAAUCCUCCCCUCUCUACACCAACCUCAGGAUAGACGACAAAGAUACAGGACUACAGCCAGACCUAGACCUACUCACCCGGAAUGGAUCUGAUCUUGGCUUGUUUAUCCGGACGAGGCAGCUAAUGUCAGACAACCAGAAGCAGAUCUCAGAUGCGAUCGCGGCGGCCAGCAUCGUGACAAACGGCACAGGGGUGGAGAACGCAUCGCUGGGCGUUUUGGGAUUGGCUAUACCACAACUCAAUGACUUUUUAGUGAACUGUCAGAGAGAGCACCUGAGCUAUGAUGAGAUCCUCAGCAUCAUACAGAGGUUUGAGCCUUCAUCAACCAUGAGACAAAUGGGUUGGAUGUCCUUUGAAGGUUUUGCAAGGUUUCUGAUGGACAAAGACAACUUUGCUUCUAAUAAUGAAGAAUCUCAGAUGAAUCCAGAGGAGCUGCAGUACCCUCUCUCAUAUUACUACAUUGAGUCUUCUCACAACACCUACCUGACUGGUCAUCAGCUCAAAGGAGAGUCCUCUGUUGAGCUUUAUAGCCAUGUUCUGCUUCAAGGCUGUAGGAGUGUGGAGUUGGACUGCUGGGAUGGAGAUGACGGCAUGCCAGUCAUUUACCACGGACACACACUCACCACCAAAAUUCCCUUUAAGGAUGUGGUGGAAGCCAUAAAUCGGUCCGCAUUUGUCAACUCUGACAUGCCAGUCAUAUUGUCCAUAGAGAACCACUGCUCACUUCUGCAGCAGCGCAAGAUGGCUGAAAUAUUCAAGACUGUGUGUGGGGAACGUCUUGUGACUCGUUUCCUUUUUGAGAGUGACUUCAGCGAUGACCCUCACCUGCCAUCGCCACUGCAGCUGCGUGGGAAGAUCCUCCUCAAAAACAAGAAGCUGAAAGCCCAUCAGGCACCGGUGGACAUCGUCAAACAGAAGGCUCACCAGCUGGCACACAUGCAAGCCCAGGCGAGCAACGGAUCACCAGGAGUUUCUUCCCCUAACAACCACGCUAAUGAAGAAGAGGAAGAAGAAGAAGAUGAAUAUGACUAUGAUUAUGAGUCUCUAUCAGAUGCUGAUGUCCUCACAGCCUCUACUGCCUCAUAUGGCCUAGAAGACAACAUCCUGGAUGACAAGCCUGAUGCUAAGAGCCCGGCUGACAAGGAGGAACACAGUGUUGACGAAAUACCGAAGAGGAUGAAGAAGGCCGACAACAUGAUGCAGAGCAAAGGAAAGGUGUUCGACAUGGAGCUGGGUGAGGAGUUUUACCUUCCUCAGAACAAGAAGGAGAGCCGUCAGAUCGCGCAGGAGCUCUCUGACCUCAUCAUCUACUGCCAGGCUGUAAAAUUCCCUGGUCUGUCUACAUUGUCUCCAUCUGGCUCUGGUAGAGGAAAGGACAGAGGAAAAAGCAGGAAGUCCAUAUUUGGAACAGCUCCUUCUCGCUGUGGCGCAACAGGGGAGGUCACCACCCAAAGCCGCACCCCUGGAAAAGGUGGCUCUGAACGGCUCAGCUGGGAGGAACAGCAGACAUCCCCUGUACUCAACCCCUCCACUUCGCUCAGCGCAAUCAUCCGCACACCCAAAUGUUACCACAUCUCAUCCGUCAACGAGAACGCAGCCAAGCGACUGUGUCGGCGGUACUCUCAGAAGUUGAUCCAACACACAGAAUGCCAGCUGCUCCGGACAUAUCCAGCAGCUACCAGGAUCGACUCCACGAAUCCCAACCCUCUGCUCUUCUGGCUGCAUGGAAUUCAACUGGUGGCCCUCAACUAUCAGACAGAUGAUUUGCCGAUGCAGUUAAACACAGCGCUGUUUGAGGAUAAUGGUGGAUGUGGCUAUGUUCUGAAGCCUGCUGUGCUCUGGGACCGUAGCUGUCCACUUUACCAGCAGUUCUGUCCGAUGGAAAGAGACCUGGAGAAAAUGAGCCCAGCAGUCUAUUCCCUCACUCUUGUUUCUGGACAGAACGUCUGUCCGGGUAACAGCUCCGGCAGCCCCUGCAUCGAGGUAGAUGUCCUGGGAAUGUCGGUCGACACCUACCAUUUCCGCACCAAACCCAUCCACCGCAACACCCUCAACCCGAUGUGGAGCGAGCGCUUUCAGUUCACUGUGCAUUUCGAGGAGAUGUGUUUCCUGCGAUUUGCCGUGGUGGAGAACAACAGCUCCCAGAUCACGGCUCAGAGAACUCUGCCUCUGAAAGCCCUCAAACCAGGUUACAGGCAUGUUCAGCUGAGAACACAGCAUAAUGAACCUCUCGAAGUCUCCAGCUUAUUCAUCUACAGCCACAGAACAGAAGAAGGUCCCACAGGGGGCGCCACUCCCUCAUCUUUGCUGUUUAGGUCAGAGGAGAAGCGUGUUUCAGAGCAGCACAGGGUGACAGUACAUGGGGCUCCCGGUCCAGAACCCUUCAAAAUCUUUUCUGUAACGGCGCAGACCACGGCCAAACAGCUGCUGGAAAUGGUUGUGACAUCUGGAGAAAACACUUUCUUGUGUGAGGAGAAAGUGCCCCUGCUGAAGGAGCGCAGCGAGGUGAAGCGCUGCGCUCAGUAUCGGCCCCUGGCCCCCGAGGAGGAGGUGGUCAGGCUCGUCAGCAGCUGGGAGGCAGACGAUGGAUAUGUGGGGAGAAUCUGCAUCAAAACAAGAGAGGAGAACCUUAAUGACAAAAUCACUGUCCUGGAGAGAGAGGAGGAGGCGACAGUGGGGGGCAAAGACGCAGCAGGAGGUGGUGGCGGCAGUGGAGGAGAGGAUGAGAUGUUCUUAGUUCAGGUCCAUGAAGUUUCACCAGAACAGCCUCACACUGUGAUCAAAGCCCCUCGGUACAGCACGGCUCAGGACAUCAUCCAGCAGACACUGUCAAAGGCAAAGUAUUCCUACAGUAUUCUGUGCAAUCCCAAUCCCUGUGACUAUGUGUUGGUUGAAGAAGUCGGCAGGGAGGCCGGUUCUAAGAAGUCCUCCGCCACCAAGCCCCUUCAGCGGGUGCUGCUGGAUCACGAGUGCGUCUACCAAGCUCAGAACCGCUGGCGAGGCGCUGGGAAGUUUAUUCUGAAACUCAAAGAGCAGUUGGUGCGGGAGGACAAAAAGAAAGUGAUUUCCUUUGCCAGUGAGCUGAAAAAGUUAACCAGUCGCAGCCGCAGCAUGACGACGGGCAUGGCAGCGGACGGCCCCACGCAGAGUAAGGAUGAGCGAGCUGCAUGCUGUGUGGCUCUGACAGAGCUCCAGGAGUGAGGCUCACAGUUUGCCUGGUGUCUGUGCAUGGAGAGGCAACAGAGGGUAUCUGUCUGCAGCUACGGGUCUGAAGGCGUGGGUGACUGAGGGUAGGGUGGUGGCUGGAAGGUUCAUCCAGGGUUCCUCUUUCUCCUCUUCCUCCUCCUUUAAAAGAGAUCUCCAACUUUUCCGCCCUCCCAGCUGCUCUCUCACCCUGCGAGUUUUGAAGCUCCACCUCCUUAGGAACUGGAAGAUCCACAAAUGAGAUCCAGGAGGAAAACUUGCACUGACUACUCGUAAACUUGGAGGAAUUUUCUGUUUUCCCACAAUUUCUGAAGUCUUUCCAUGAGGAACUGUAGAUUUUGAGGUAGAUUCUUCUUAAAGUGAGGAAUGCAUAACCAGCUUGUUUCCUCAGUUGGUGGAAUGAUGGGCAGGAGUUUGGGAUACUCCCAAGUGUCUGUUCCCAUUCCUCUUUGUUUAUAGUGAUUAUUAUGGCUCCAGAGAUGGUCCAGAGUAUCAUGGGCAGCUAUUUUUAAUUGCAGUCUUCAGGGACUGUAAAUAGCACUAAAAUAUUCCUCCUGUUUCUGAUGAGCAGGAGGAAAAAAUCCCUGAGGGACAGUUAAUUGACAAAUAAGUGUGAGUUUAAACUGCUAAAUGAGCUGCUCAAUGGGUAAAUGUUUAUUAGACACAAAUUAUUUUGUGGUUAAGAUGGUUUAAAGGAGGCAACUGGUUUGAUGUAAACUGAUACUCAAGUAGUGACAGAUGGAGGAAGAUCUUAAUUAAAAUGAAGGAAAUUGUAAGUAAGGAGAUUUCAUUCUUCCUCUCUUGGGUAAAGACAUUAUAACAGAGGCAGACAAGCAGGCUUGUUUGGUUCUUCUUCGUACUUUCAAUUCUGUUGUGCUGCAAGAGCAGAGUUUGAGGCAGUGAAGUAAACUUUUCCACUUUUCUUAGUUAUUCACUAAUAGAAGCUGCGAGGCUCCAGGCAAUUUGUUGAACACUAACACACCUGCACUAAAAGCAACACUACGCAUGGCAGCAUCCUAGAACAGCGUAGGUGUGCAAUAUUGGCUUCAGUGUAGGGGCAAUUGUGGGACUUUUUAUUGCUUAACUUUAAUGUGGCUGAAGAAUGCUGCAAAACUGCCUCAAACUUCUAUUUGAAGAUGUUUUUAAGGAGGAUUUGAAGUUGCUGCACAGAAGAUUUGAGAGCUCACAUCUCUUGCUACUUACCAUUUUGGCAACUAACAGAAUACCUUUAGGAAAAUAAAUAUUUUGCAGUACUAUUAAGAGGCCACUAUACAUCUAAAAUCUGUGCAAAUUUUUAUUUCCCAGUUUCUCAAUCUAAUCAGUAACAAGAUUUUAAGUGGAGCCACAGUCAGAUGGUUAAUAUAAAUUCAUGUUAAGUUCAUGCAGAGUUCAGCUCAUCAUUUUUUUGUGGUUAUUUUCCCAACAGCAUUUUGCACAUUUUAUUUCUUUUAUUUGUGUCAGAUGAUCAUAUUGUGUUUUGUUUUCUUUAUUUUGACCAUUUUGUGUUGCUUUUAUUGUGAACUAUUAUUAUUUUUUAUUUAAAACAGAAGAAAAUGUGAGAUGAAUUUUAUUUGAGCUGUUCGUAUCAAUGUCUGAGCUUAAAUUUUAAAGUUGUUGGACAUAUUUUGGUAAACAAACAAUUGAUAACUACAAUCACUUUUGGACAGUUUUUCCCAUUUUCAUCAGUAAGUUUUUAUUACUAUUUAUUUUACUUAGAACUGUAAAUGAAAAUGUUUGUUUGACAUCUGAUUUGUAGAUAUGUUUGGUCUCCCUCACAUGUUUCUGAUCCAACCUAAAGAGUUCCUCAUGAGGUAACUUUUUUUUUUUAUCGGCAAAAUUUUGUCUGGAAAUGGAAAUAAUAUUUACUCCAUAAUUUUUCCCAAGCAAAACCUUGCUGGAAAGGUUGAAAAAAGAAGAUGUAAAUGUAUACAAAAUACAUACACGUGACAAUUUCUACUAAUGUGGUUAAAAAGCUGUUAAAAACCUGAUUGACAAACUGAGAUUUGCUUUCAUUGUAUUUUUAUUUACCAAAAAAAUUGCUGGCAGUUAAGUUGAAUAUUUUGUUCUUCAAAAGCAAGACAUUUAGUUGUUUUGUCCAGUUGAUGAUUUCUGGUGAGAGGAACACCGAUUUACCAAAAUAUGCAUACAAACCCUAAAUGGCCGCAAGUAGAAAUGGAUUUGAAUUUACAAACCACUAAAUCAUCAAGCUUUAGUGGGACAAAUCAUUUAUCUCCUCUCAUGAGUUUUUGGGUUACAUUAGUUAGUUUUGUAAGUCCAUUACUAAGAUUUUUAACUCGCAUGCCAACAUUUUACUGACCGAUCGUGUACUGAUUUAUUAGCGUUUAAAUUUAAAACAACCUUUCCCUUUCUCCUUUACUCUUCAUGUUAUCUGGAGCUAGCAGAGUGCCAAGUAAAUUAGUUAGAAUUUUAGUGCAAUAUUGAAAUAGUUUCUUCACUCUCUCUCUAUUUUUAUGUAUUUAACUGUUGGCCUUGAAUUAUUGUUGUAAUUGGUCAGAAUUGAUUUCAUUUACAUACAAUGAUUAUCAUCUGACAGUGGGGAGGUCUGGUCUCAGAGGCUUCUGGUAAUUAAGGUAGAUGAAACACUGAGCCCAGAAACCACAACUUCAUGUCAGUGAUAAUGAAGCUUUAAUCCUCGUAUCCAAUCAGACAGCUGCAGAUUUGAAAUUAAACACAAAGAAAAGCCAUUAUGGCAGGCAAAAGAUAAUAUUUCAUCAAACGACCAUUACCUGCAGCCUCCCUGGCCUGGAUGAAAGUGAUGUCAGUGCAGGUAGGAAGUGUUUCUGUUGGGCUGUAAAAAUCAGUGAGCAAUCUGGGUUUUCACACAUUCACAUCUUGCUUUCCUUCUUCCUAACCCGUAGACCUCAUUUCUGAAUGUAAUGGAUUUUUUUACAACCUGAGAGAACUGUGUGUUAUUUAUUUUAAUGUGAAGCCCUGGUUGGCAGUUAUGUUGUUUCUGUACAAGUCCCUGUUAGUAGUUUUUAUUUUUUAUUUAUUUUAGUUAAAGAAGAGGUACAUCCUUCUCUAACUUGAUUCAAACUUAUUUAGCCAUGUAAAUAUUUUUGUGUAAAGUUUUGUGCAGUAGUCAUUCUCGUGGCAUAUUAUCCUGCAGUUACCCAGUAGUAUGUUAUUGUCAUAUUUUUCAUUAAUGUGGAAAGACAAGAUUAUUUACAUUUUGAUGUAUUCUUUAUAUCCACUGACCUUGACAUGCCUUUGUUUGUUGUCAGCUGUGUUGCAUCUUUAGCACUAUCUCCAUAGAACAUUCAGUAUAUCAUCUACCACCCACCAUCUGUGGUAAAACCUGUUAUAAGCACAUAUCUAUUUACUUGAAUUCCUGAAUGGAUAGUUAAUGAUGGAUUUGUCACAUAGCAAAAUCUGAAUAAAAUGCAAAUAUUUAAUGA